AUGCCGGUGUUCGAUCCUCCCCCAAAGUCUCUGCUCAUGAGGCAUCGCCAACUAGCACCAAAUGCAUCGGUACGUGUGUCGCCGCUGUGUCUCGGCACCAUGACAUUCGGAGACCAGCAACAAGAACGUUAUGGAGAAAUCACCAAACAAACAGCCUUCGAUAUCCUGGACAAGUUUUACGCCAGCGGCGGGAACUUUCUCGACACGGCAAAUGCCUAUCAGAAUGGCCAAUCCGAAGAAUGGAUUGGAGAAUGGAUGGCUGCACGUAAGAACCGAGAUCAGAUGGUAGUUGCCACCAAAUACACCACAGCAUAUCGCAAAGCACACAAAGACGAAAUCCAAAGCAAUUAUAUCGGUAACGGGUCUAAGAGCAUGAAGUUGUCACUAGAGGCAUCCCUAAAGAAGCUUCAGACGACAUAUGUUGAUGUUCUCUAUGUUCACUGGUGGGACUACACAACGACAAUCGAGGAGCUCAUGCAUAGCCUCAACGAUCUUGUUGUGUCUGGGAAAGUGCUAUAUUUGGGAAUAAGCGAUUGUCCAGCAUGGGUAGUAAGCUCCGCAAACCGGUACGCUCGCGAUCACGGACUGCGGCCCUUCGUCGUCUACCAGGGCAUGUGGAAUGCCGCCAUGCGCGAUUUCGAACGCGACAUUAUUCCCAUGUGUAAAUCCGAAGGCAUGGGUCUAGCGCCCUAUGGUGUUCUCAACCAAGGACGAUUCCAAACCAAGAAAGGUUUUGAGGAGCGCGAAAAACAUAACCAGGGCCGCAACUUUAUCCCUACGUCUGCGAGGGACAAGGAGGUAUCAGCCAUUUUGGAGGCUCUGGCCGACCGCAAGGGCUGCCAACUUGUGCAAGUUGCGCUGGCAUAUUGCCUGCAAAAGACUCCUUACGUGUUCCCGAUUGUGGGUGGCCGCAAGGUCGAACACAUUGAGGGUAACAUUGACGGACUGUCGGUGGAACUGACCGCCGAGGAAGUUGAGGAGGUUGAAAGGGCGUAUCCGUUCGAUCAUGGCUUCCCGCAUACCUUUUUGAGCGGAACUCUAUUCAAGGGAACGGAUGAACUGGAUCAACGUCAAGUGUCUGGGCCUGGUGAUGUUGCUCUUACCAAGUUAGGCGGCACUUUUGAUUGGGUGUCACAGCCACAAGCAAUCCGGCCGAGUGAUGGUAUCAAGGACAAAAACUAG